CGACCGGCCGCUGACUCGGUUCUCCUCGCUACGGGAAUUAGACGAGUCGGGUUCUAAUCCUCCCGCGGGUUCCGCGAAUCAUCACUAUUUCUGUUGUUGGCAGGCGAGGGCCACGUGUGUGUGUCUCUCCCACGGAGCGAUCUCGCGACCCCCGUCUCGAUCGAGUUAAAGCGAUCCACCCACAAGCAUCGCGAGCGGGUGUAAAAAUUGCGGGCGGCGUCAUCGCGUCGCUGAUUCACGAAAUCGAAUUCGGGGCCGAGGGCGAAUCUCGAGCAGCCUUCGCUCGGUUGUCUGACGGGUUACCGACGCCCGGCGACGUCGCCGUCGACGGUUCCCCGUAUUUUUAAAUCAGCGAGCUACGCGCGAAUCUUCCGCGAUCGCCGCGCUAUAAAUCACACUCCCGGUCGCUCGGAGCUCGGGACCUCGAGUUACACGCUCGGUCAGAGUUCUCCUCGGUCUCGCGAGGAAGCGAGGCGCGGUGAAACGCGGAUCCGAGAGAGUCGAGAGCGGGAUAGAGGAAGAGAGAGAAAGAGAGAGAUAGAAGGAGAGCGCGAGAGACAGCGUUAGGUGGGAGUGAAACCGCGGUGAAAAGGGAUGGAGGGGUCAAGGGAAAGAGAGGAGGGGACGAGAGAAGGAUAGACAGCCUUUUGAGACCCCUCGGUGACCAGUUUAGUUCUGCUUGGCAUUCGAACCCAACCGGACGAGAGAUCAUGUGACAGAGGACACUCAGGAUCAUCGCAGAUCCAGGACACCCGAACCGGCGCGAUCGAGACGAGUCUCCUGCGAUCCUCCGGCGUCGGUAGUCGUCGCGACAGUGUCGAUCGACCGAUCGAGAGAUCCUCCCGGCGUAUCUGCCAGAGGCAGCAGCUGGCCAGGAAACGCGUAGUGCGCCUUAAAAGGCAGGAUACACGGCGGUCUCCUUAUUCCGCGAUCUGCAUCGAGGAUGACCGGCUGCGAUGCUGCAUAAUCGCCGGUCCGAAGACACGUUACACGGCGCAGCACGUGCGCUCCGAUCUAGAUCAACAAACAACGGCUCGAAUACCGGGCACGUUGUUCGUCGUGGAAAGCAGGAAAGCCUGCCGCCUGCAUCGUUCCCGGUUCCACGCAUCGAAUGACACUUGUGAAAACCGCGCACACGUUUCCGCCGGUCGGUGAACAGGAGGGUCGUCGACAGCGCGGCGGUGCACGACGAACGUGCUGUCGUUGCCACAUCGCGUAGUUAGCCUCGCCGCACCCCGGAAGAGCCGAAGAGAGUGUUCCAGUUCGACGGCGGACCGGGUCACCGGGGUUUUCGCGGCCAUUUCCGGUUCUAUCUUGGCGCGGGCUCGGCUCGGGAACCGGGUCCGCCUGCGGACCAACCAGAGGAAGCACACGGUACGCGUCGGAAAGGUCGCGAGCAGCCAGAUAUGAGGUCGUCCCGCCGGUACACGGGCUAAGAAUACAGCCGCGAGUGGAUCGUUGAACCGGGGCCUUCCUUUCUUUCCACGUGUCUCGGCGGGCCGAGGGAAAUAAAUCAGAAACUUUCUCCGCGCGCGCGCCCGCGGCUGUCCGCUCCGCUCUUCGCCAGUGCUCUUCGUAAACUAUGUCGGGAGACACCACGUCCGACGAGGAGGGAUCGCAGGAGGACUCGACGCGGUACGACGUCGACGAUCUCGAGAUCAUCAAGACCAUAGGGACCGGUACUUUCGGCAGAGUGGUCCUGUGCAGGCACCAAGGCACCCCGUUAGCCCUGAAGAUCCUCUCGAUGGUGGACGUGAUCAGGCUGAAACAAGUGGAGCACGUCCGAAACGAGAUCACAGUACUGAAAGAAGUAAAUCAUCCCUUCAUCGUGAACAUGUUGUGGAGCGGAAGGGACGAGGCGAGAGUGUACAUGCUGCUGGAAUUCGUGGCCGGCGGCGAACUUUUCUCCUACCUGAGGGCAGCCGGCAGAUUUUCUGGACCCACCAGCUGUUUCUACGCGGCCGAGAUCGUCUGCGCCUUGGAAUACCUUCACAGCAAGCACAUCGUUUAUCGGGAUCUGAAGCCCGAGAACCUCCUCCUGGACAGCCAAGGCCACCUAAAAAUCACCGACUUCGGCUUCUCGAAGAAGCUCACCGACAGAACGUGGACGCUGUGCGGGACGCCCGAGUAUUUGGCGCCGGAGAUCAUCCAGAGCAAAGGACACAACAAGGCUGUGGAUUGGUGGGCACUCGGGGUCCUCAUCUACGAGAUGUUGGCUGGGUUCCCGCCAUUUUUCGAUGACAAUCCAUUUGGCAUCUACGAGAAGAUAUUGAGCGGCAGGAUAGAGUGGCCGAAGCACAUGGAUCCGAUUGCCAAGGACCUUAUCAAGAAGCUUCUGGUCGCGGAUAGGACCAAAAGGCUGGGGAACAUGAGACAGGGUGCCGAUGAUGUGAAAAGGCAUCGGUGGUUCAAGCUGGUCGAGUGGCCAUUGGUACCACAAAGGGCCCUAAACCCCCCGAUAAGACCCCGAGUAAAGGCUCCAGGGGAUCCAAGCUGUUUCGACGACUACCCAGAAACCGACUGGCGAUCGCAGCCUCCAUUACCACCGGACCAAUUAGCACUGUUUCAAGAUUUCUGAGUCCUGGAUCGAUCAGUUCGAAACGCGGACAAUAUUUUUCGAAAACGCAGACCAUCCGUUCGAAACGCUGCGAAUCUCGGACACUUCGAGAUCGUCGAUAGCAGUCUGUACAAAAUAGCGGUCGCGCCGAUCGGUUCUACGUUCUAAUUUGUACAUAGUCCUUUUGUAUUUCGUUCUGCGUUAUUUAUUUGUACGUGGUGCGUAGCGUAGUCACCUCCGUUGUUUUCUCUUUCUAAUUGUUGAGACACUGUAAAUAAACGUUGAAGCAGGAGCGUGACGGAUAGGAGGACAGAACAGGGUUCUAUCUCGAUGGAGACGUUUGAUACGUGAAAUGUUUCUUUCUAAUGCUUAAGCGACAAAGAGAGUGUUAACAGAUAUAGAAAUUUAUAAAUAUACAUAUAAUAUAAUUUUAUAAGACACGCGUGUCUAGCAUUGUUACAAACGUGUACAUGUGAUACAGAUUGUUAAUAAUUAAACCGUGCACUUUUUUCCAAUGUCAA